UGGCGGCGUAUGUCCAUAUUUACGGUCAAAAGUAAAAACACACACAAAAAAACGGAAAUUCAAAUAUUUUUGUAAAAGGAAAAUAAUCAAUAGUUGAACAGGUAUUUGGUACUACGGAAGCCAGGCAGUGGUCUCCGACUGGGGUCAGCAGAACCCGGAAGUAACGGGUUCUCAACAAGGACGUGGUUACGUUACACGCAUUCUAGUGCCGAACUUGGCAUGGCCGGCCGGGUGGUGCUCGGCGCUCUCCGGACCCUGCGACCCAUGAAUCGGGUGUGGAGGAGUCCACCUGUUCGGGCUGUGCACCUCAGCCCCCCCAUGUGCGCGGGUCACAACAAGUGGUCCAAAGUGAAACACAUUAAAGGACCUAAAGAUGAGGCGAGGGGGCGUAUGAUUGCCAAGUUUGUCAUGAUGAUAAAGAUUGCUGUGAAAGAGGGUGGACCCAAUCCAGACAUGAACAUCAAUUUAGCCCAACUCCUGGAGCAGUGCAGAAACAAGAACAUACCAAAAGCAUCCAUCGAGACCGCAAUCAAGAAUGCGGAAAAGGCCAAGCCGGCGUCGCGGCACAUGUUUGAAGCUCGGGGACCUGGUGGAUGCCUUCUGCUCAUUGAAGUCCUGACCGAUAACAGCGGACGCAGCCAGCAGGACGUCCGGCGCGUCCUCAGUAAAAACGGGGGAAUGUUGUCAGAGGGCGCCCGCCAUAACUUCACCAGAAGGGGUGUGGUGGUCGUGCCGGGUCAGAGCGUCACAUCUGAGCGAGCGCUGGAGCUGGCCAUCGAGUCCGGAGCGGAGGACGUCGCGGAGACGGAGGAUGAGGACGACGAUGCGCCCCUCCUGCAGUUUAUUUGUGACAACGCGGACAUGUGGAAGGUACGGACAUCCCUGGAGCAGCUUGGGAUGAAGGUGACGUCGGCCGGCUCCGAGUUUGUCCCUCGCACCCUGCUGCCUCUGGACCAGGAGCAGCUGGAGUCGGCUUACGUGCUCAUCGAAGCCCUCAGUGACUGCCCGGACGUGCUUCGCAUCUGGGACAACAUCCAGGCUCAGAGCUGAGAAGAUUUCUGGACACUGUGGACACUUCUGGAUAUUGAUCGUGUGUAAUACCUGAAUACCAGUCGAACUGCAACCUUGAACAACUUUCUCUUGGAAAAGCUGCCAUCGUGACUCCUCGUGCGAGAACAUGAACAACACACAGAUCAUGUAUGAACCUGCAAGAACAUGUGAGCCACUGAGAACUAGAGUGGCCUAAUAGGGUUAGUCCAGUCUAGUUCUCAGUGGCUCAUUUGAUCCAGCUUAUCAUUUAACUCUGCGGGGGGGG